UUGUCUUCUUCUUGCUUCUGCUUUUCAAACACUCUCUGUAUGUGUGACGGUGUUAGCCAUGGGAAGAGCUCCAUGCUGUGACAAAUCUAAAGUGAAAAGAGGACCAUGGUCUCCCGAAGAAGACGCCACCCUCAAGAACUACCUCCACGAACAUGGCACCACUGGCAAUUGGAUUACUCUACCAACCAAAGCAGGCCUGAAUCGUUGCGGUAAGAGUUGUCGUUUGAGAUGGCUGAACUAUCUUAGGCCAGACAUCAAGCGUGGUACUUUCACGGAGGAAGAAGACAAUGUUAUCUGCACUCUCUUUAGAAGCAUUGGAAGCAGGUGGUCUGUCAUAGCUUCUCAACUGCCAGGACGAACAGAUAAUGAUGUGAAAAACUAUUGGAACACAAAGUUGAAGAAAAAGCUGCUGGCGGUUGCUGCAAGAAAUAACAUUGUGGCUACUAGACAGACAUGUGAUCACAACAUUGCUCAGUUUUCAGCUCCAGUUCCUCCCAAAAUCGAAACCCCUCAUGGCCCUGAGACUUCAUCUUGUUUAGGUGCACUACAAGAAAAAACAUGUUUAACAACAUGCAAUUCACGUUGUCAAUCACUUUUGACAACGUUUGGCGCAUGUUGUAGAUGCCAGAGUCAUUAA